CGGUUAUCUCCCCCUUGAAAAUUAGUUUUGGCGAGUAAUAAAUUUUCGGAAUGGCGGAUUUUGGUCAAGCUGGAAUUUACGAGGUUGAAAAAUUAUUAAAGAAGCGUAAGGUUCAUGGUCGAACAGAAUACCUUAUACGAUGGCGAGGCUUUACACAUCUGUGGGACACAUGGGAACCCAAGAAAAAUUUAGCUGCUUGUGUUGGACUGGUGGCAGAGUUUGAAAAAAAUAAUCCAAAUCCAAAGGUUGUUAAAACGCCAAACAAAAAAUCAAAAUCAGUUAAUAUGGCAAUUAAACUUAUCAAGAAGAGUAAAACUGGCAGUAAGAUUGUGAAAAAUGAUUCAAAAAAAGCAAAAACCAGUACACCAAAGUUCAAAUUAUCAACGAAUGCAAAAAUUAAAUGGAAGAAGUGCACUCCAGAUAACACACAAGAGAAGAAAUUGUCCCCAAAUGUGAAAAGAAUUAUAUUGAAAGUCAAAAAAGUUUCUCCCAAAUCUAAAACAACGAAAGAAACAGAAAAGAAAACAGGAAAAACUGCCAACCAAAUUGAAAAAGGUCAAGUGAUGAAGAACAAGAAGGAUAUGUGUACUACUAGUAAGCCUACUAAGAAAACUAACUCCACAGUUGAGAAAAAGACUACACAAGCCAAAGGAAUUAAAAGAAAACCGACUCCAUCAGGGAGUGAAGAAAAAGUAAUAAAGAAGAAGUUGAAAAAAGUAUUGAAUGAUGACGAUGAUGAUGAUGAUGUUUUAUAUUCGUUGAUUGAAAAUACAGAAGAAAAAAUAAAACAGAAAUUGGACAAAGUGAAAUCAAAAACUGAAAACUUAAAUAAAGACCAAACAAAAAAAUUACUAGUAAAAACAUCAACUUGUUCAUGUACUACAUCAGAGUCUCCGGAAAGUGUUCAAAAGAUGAAAGAAUCCCCCAAAUCAAUCAAUCGACGACUAUCUUUACUUGAUGGUUUAAAACAUAAACCUUUAAAAACAGAUGUUGCACCUUUACCAGUACCUACAACUAUUCCCUUCUACACCUCAGUAAAACCAUUGAUGAAUCCAUCUCUCUCACUACUGAGUAAAGCCAUGCCAUCUCAUUCUAUCACAAUGGAGUCAUACUUCGCUGAUAUCCCUUCAUAUCAAAUGGCCAGCUCCUUGCCAGUCAGCCCAUCUGCCAUAUCCUACAAGGCCAUGUUGGAUGACUUGCCUCAUCAAAUGCACCCAAAGAAGAAAAAGAAAGAUCCUGAUGUUGAAAGUAACACCUCAAAUGGUGAUGAUAAGAUUGAAAGAAGAAUAAGUGUAAGAACUGCAGAGUGUGCUUUUAGGAAUAAAGAAAUCGUUGUUAAGAAAUGUCAAGGUUAUACACAGAUCUGGCUCAACACCCAUACUCACCUGAAAAAUGCACUAAAUCCACAGGUGAUACAAGAAAUUGUGACAGCAUUGAAUUCAGCUAAGUAUGAUGACAGUAAUCUAGUGAUGUUAAGUAGUAUUGGUAAUGUCUUCUGUUCUGGUGUUGAUCUCAAUUUCUUAACGAGAGGUGAUCCGAAAAUAGCUGCCAGGCAAAUGUCAGACUCAUUACGGGAACUAGUCAAAACAUUUAUAACAUUUCCUAAACCUAUCAUAGCAGUAGUAACCGGAGCAGCUAUUGGACUAGGAAUGGCUAUAUUACCAUUAUGUGAUAUAACAUAUGCUAGUGAUAAAGCUUUGUUCUAUCUACCUUAUUCAGCAUUAUCUCAAAUACCAGAAGGUUGUUCAUCUUUUACUUUACCUCAAGUUUUAGGACUUGCAGUGGGUAGUGAGAUAUUAUUUUGUGGACGUAAAUUAACAGCUUUAGAAGCACAUCAGUUAGGUUUGGUAUCACAGGUAUUUUGGCCAACCAGUAUGAUGCAAGAGGUUAUACCACGAGUACAGCAAAUGGCUUUGUUCUCCGGCAAGGCAUUGGAGACAACAAAACUGUUAAUUAGAUGCCAUAACAGAACCAAGCUAGAAUUGACCAAUGAAACAGAGUGCAACUUACUGCUUGAAAGAUGGCCAUCAGCAGAUUGUCAAAGAGCCAUAUUGUCAUAUCUGGACAACGAGAAAAACUUUAUAUUCUAAUCAUCUUUUAGUCAACCGAAUCUAAAUUAUUACGCAAUAUUGUAAAUUCUAACAAUAAAUUAUUACUCGUUUUACCUAAUGUAAUCAAUUGCUAGGCUUGAAUAAAUCUUUGCAUGUAAAUAAUUAUUAAGAACAAAUAUUUAUAAAAGUAGUGUCUGUAAAAUUCCUAUAUUGUAUUGAAUUUGAUAGCUUUCUUAUUAGCUUUAAUCUUUAGCUUGAACUUCACAAGGGAAUAAUAUGUUUGACAUAAGUGUGUUCACAAAAUUCCUGCAGUGUUUUAUAUAUAAUACUCAUUAGAUUGUGGCAAUAAACUGUGUUUCCUUCAGCAAAUUAAUGAUGACAAAUCACUCUACAUUUCUUCACAGGAAGGUUCCCUAACAGCACUUUAUCAGCCCAAAUUUGAUGCACCAUUAUAAUCAGUUAAUAUAUUUUGUUAUUCACUUUAGUUAUCCAAUAACAAAUUAAUAUUGUAAUACUUGGGCAGCAAUUAUUAUGAAUGAGCAGCAAUGUUUUUACCACAUUUUUGACAUUCUUCAUUUAUUCAUUUUACAAAAAUAUAUUAAUGAUGCCAUGUUCUGCCAGUAAAUUGAUAAGGACGUGUAAAUAUUUAUUAUCAUUACAUAUCUAAUUAUAGAUAAUCCAUACCUUUAAUAAAGGUUUAUAUGUAUAUAUAAUUGAAAUGUACAGGUAGUUAGGCUUGGUGUAUGCGUCCUCUAUUAUACAUAUAGACAACUCAAAGUGUGCUUUAUUAGCUGGCUUGUAUCUUUUAAUAUGGUGUCUUUAGCACCUUCCUAAUUUCCAUUGUGGUAUACAUGUAUGUGUAUAUCUUGUAUAUUAAGCUUGUUACCCCUUGUUUCUGUUGAUAUUUUUAAAUCGUUACAUUACAUAGUGAUAACACUGCCAAAGUUGUCUUCAGUAUUAGUGAAUCACUUUCAGGAAUGCAUUUUACUUCACUUUGUGGUGACAUUUUCUGUCAAUAAUUCCCCCUGUAAUAAAUCACUGAUCAAAGCAAAUGACAUCUCUAUUACAUACUUUUGUCAACAGAGCUUUUGAAAUGGUUUGUUUGGGUUUUUUCCCAGACACUAUAGGAAUUUGUUGGCAUUGGAGAAAUCUUAACAUUGAUAACAACACUAUUAUCUCAGAAAGUUCAUGUUGAAUUUUAUGAUGAACAUGUAUAUAGAAAAUGUAAAUCAAUUCCUUCCUACAAUGAUAUUGUUGUUAUAUCAUAUUGUACUCUAGUAAUUUCUAGACUAGGCUCAAUUAUAUUAAUGUAAAUAUAUUUUAAUUUAUUCACAUCCUAAAAACAUAACUAUAUAUGUCACAUAUACAUAGAAACGAUAGCUAGAAUUUUACCAUUAAAUCUGACAGGUUGACUGACAAUUAAGAAAUUUGUAUCAUAAAUUUUGACAAUUUGGACAUGGACAAUUUAAGAUGCAAUGAAAUGGAAUUUUGAUUUAAAAUUAAUAAAAGGAAAUUUUGUUAACACAUGACAGAAACAAGGUGGCUCAGUGAGUAAGACUCUGGCUCCUUGGCCAAGAAAGUAUUUCAGUAUUUUCUAGCCUGGUUUCUCCUUAUCUGUGGUAUAGCAUGGGAUGAAAACAUUGAGGUCAUGUGUACAAGUUAGUAGUGAUGUAAUAAAAGAACCUGUGAUAGAACAGACAGAAACACUGAUGUCAGGACAAAAUUUCUCUCAUAGUAGUACAUUGUAUGCCAUAUGCUCAUUUAUUUCAUUUAAACAUGUCCUGUAGAGCUGUUUAGCAGAAAUUCUAACACAUUGAUUGAAGUUGAAUUUCUGAGACAUAGAUAUUGGCAAACAUCAGACUCUUAGUCGUGAGUUUUGUAAUUACAAUUUUUAAGUUAAUUUAAUUUUAAUAUUGUCUUAAAAUUUUUAUUUAAAUGUUUUAAGCAUACCAUAAUUAUUCAUAUUUUUAACUACUUUAUUAGAUUUAUUUAUGUUUAUAAGUAUUCUAAUUUUUGGUUCGCAGGGUUUAUUAAUUAAUUAGUUUUAUUUGCCCUUAUUUAAGUGUGUUGGCGCCACUGCUGCCUGUUUGCCCAUUUAUCUAUCAGUCCCUUGUUACAAACUGCAUGUAGAAAUUUAUCUGACUUGAAAAUUUAUUAUAUUGGUAAUAUUUAUUAAAUUUUACUUUAAAGAUUGCAUUGUACUGGUAAUAUCAGGAGUAUAACUUCUGACUCAUGCAGUAGCUUUUGUAUUUAGCUUGUGUGAAUUCAAAUUACAAAUUAGAGUUCUAAUUAAAUGUGUUGGAUAUAGCUAUAGACUAGUGUCAUUGUCAACAUUUAAAUAUUAAAAUCAUUAAAUUUUAUAAAACAUGAUAAAGAAAAGCUGUUUUUUAGGUGCGGUACUAAAAAAAGUUAAAGAGAAUUUAAAUGUUGACCAUACCAUUACUUUUCAAAACUUAUUAUUUUGAUAUUAUUUCUUCUUAUGUGAUAUAGAAUACCUCAAAGUAGAUGAUAGAAUACUUAAGCCUUGAAAUACCUCUAGUACCUUAUAUUUAUUCAGAGCAGAGUAGCCAGAAGAACUGUGGUUGACAGUUUGUUAACACAUGAUAGAAUUGUAUGCAACUAAAAUGGUAGCUUUAUGGGAACCUGGCCAUAUAUGGUUAGUGAAGUAGGCGAAAAUGUUCCUGUUUGCUUUGUGUAGAUCUUGAAUUAUUAUAACUUUCAUAAUUAUGUCAUGUAAUCUUCACACUUAAUUUUAUUGCUAACAUAAAAUCAUUUACCUGUAGGCCAUUCCAAGUUGAAAUCUUUUUCAUCUGACCAAAAUCUUAAGGCAGCUAGGAAUCAUAUUUUAGUGUCUAGAUCUGAAAAAAUAAUUUUAACUUUUCUAUGUAUUUUUAUGAAAAAACAUUGGCUAUUAUUAUACACCAUACUACUAUACUCUGCCCAAAAGAUUUAAAUAUUGAAUUUGCCGAAAAACAAAAACUUCAAGGCGAUGAUUAUAUAUAUAUAUUACAAUAAACUGAUUGUCAUCACUGCUUUAAAAACUGUUCAGUGCAGCACAGUGUAUAUUUUUGUUGAAUAGUGAAAUUUAGGUGAAUUUUAACAUAGCAAAUGGAAAAGAAUGCUUAUUAUUUUAAUGGAGAAUUUCUGCAGUGUCACAUUUGUUAGUAAGGUAAUAAUAUGAAUGUCUGUAACUUUAAGUCAUUAUUUGUAGGCAUUCAACAAAAAUCUUUACUUAAUUUGUCUGAUGUGAUUGAGACCCUUUGGCCCCCUGUACUUUAUUUGUCUGACGUGUUUGAGACCCUUUGGCCCCCUGUUUGAAAUUUUUAUACGCCCACAUUUUCAUGAGGCCAUAUAUUGUCGUCGCGUCUGUCCGUCCGUCCUCAAUUUGUUUGUAGACACUCUACAGGUCACAAUUUUUAUCUGAUUUGAAAUAUAGGUCUAUCUCCCAAAGAUCUCAGUUCCUUUCGAUAUUGGCAUGUAUAGGACCAUAACUUCAUGGAAUAUGACCCCUGAUUUUAGAAAAAUCACGUUUUUAGCUUGUGAACACUCUAGAGGUAAUAAUUUUGAUCCGAUUUUGUUGAAACUUGAAAUGCAUGUUUAUAACCCAAAGGUCUUGGUUCCUAUCGAUAUUCGCGCAUAUUGGAUUGUAACUUCCUGAAUUAUGGCCACGGAUUGUACAAAAAAUCGCAUUUUUAGCUUAUGGUCCCUCUGGAGGUCACAAUUAUUAUCUGAUUUAAAAAAAAACAUUUGAAUAUGUCACCGUUACAGUGCAGCACAGUGUAUAUUUUUGUUGAAUAGUGAAAUUUAGGUGAAUUUUAACAUAGCAAAUGGAAAAGAAUGCUUAUUAUUUUAAUGGAGAAUUUCUGCAGUGUCACAUUUGUUAGUAAGGUAAUAAUAUGAAUGUCUGUAACUUUAAGUCCUUAUUUGUAGGCAUUUAACAAAAAUCUUUACUUAAUUUGUCUGAUGUGGUUGAGACCCUUUGGCCCCCUGUACUUUAUUUGUCUGACGUGUUUGAGAACCUUUGGCCCCCUGUUUGAAAUUUUUAUACGCCCACAUUUUCAUAAGGCCAUAUAUUGUCGUCGCGUCUGUCCGUCCGUCCUCAAUUUGUUUGUAGACACUCUACAGGUCACAAUUUUUAUCUGAUUUGAAAUAUAGGUCUAUCUCCCAAAGAUCUCAGUUCCUUUCGAUAUUGGCAUGUAUAGGACCAUAACUUCAUGGAAUAUGACCCCUGAUUUUAGAAAAAUCACGUUUUUAGCUUGUAAACACUCUAGAGGUAAUAAUUUUGAUCCGAUUUUGAUGAAACUUGAAAUGCAUGUUUAUAACCCAAAGGUCUUGGUUCCUAUCGAUAUUCGCGCAUAUCGGAUUGUAACUUCCUGAAUUAUGGCCACGGAUUGUACAAAAAAUCGCAUUUUUAGCUUAUGGUCCCUCUGGAGGUCACAAUUAUUAUCUGAUUUAAAAAAAAACAUUUGAAUAUGUCACCGUUACACCGUAUUGUUGGUUGAGUUCGGAUUUUAUGAAAAUCGUAAUAAAACUGCCAGACAAAAUGGCCGCCCGUCUACGCAAAUAGUUUAAACCUUUAGAGGUCACAUUUUUGAUCCGAUUUUAAUGAAACUUGAAAUGCAUGUUUAUAUCCCAAAGAUCUUGGUUCCUUUCGAUAUUCGCACAUAUCUGAUCGUACCUUCCUGAAUUAUGGCCCUUGAUGUUACGAAAAAUCGCUUUUUGUUAAUCGUGUUCUCUAGCCAUCUCUUAAAAAUGUGGGCGUAUCCUGCCUGGCAGCUGAUGGUAUCAUACACAAUCAAGACCAUCUAAUCUCUUGUUUGACAUCUGGAUUUAUCAGGAAGAUUUAUUAAACAUAAAAAAACAACUUUAUACCACAUUCUGUUCUGUAUUGUUGACCAAAACAUUAGAAAUAAAACUUGAAAAUAA